UGACGGGUGCCGCAAGCUUGAAGAAAACACAGACACAGACUGAAGAGAAAGAUGGGACCGGGGGACUCAAGACCUCUAGGAUCAAGAGCCCUGCUGACUCAUCCCACGUUGCUUUUAUUGGUUUCUCGGCUAACAUUCUCAGCAGACACACCAGCUACAUGGGAGCAGGAAACCAUAUGGGAGCAUCACAAUUCCUCCUCCUGGGCCUCUCGGACAAUCCUGAAGUGCAGCUCCUCUUUGGAGUGUUACUGUCCACGUACCUGAUCACUGUGCUCAAGAACCUUCUCAUCAUCCUGGCGAUCAGCUCUGACUCCCACCUACACACCCCCAUGUACUUCUUCCUCACCAACCUGUCCUUUGUUGACAUCUCUUUCAUCUCCACCACUGUCCCAAAGACUCUAGUGAAUAUCCAGGCACAGGGCAAAGACAUCUACAUAGGAUGCCUCACUCAGUUGUAUUUUUUAAUGAUUUUUGCUGCAACGGAUGGUUUUCUCCUGACUCUGAUGGUCUGUGAGGGAUUUGUGGCCUUCUGCCACCCCCUGUACUACAUGGUCAUCGUGAACCCCCAUCUCUGUUGCCUCCUGGUUCUGAUAUGUUGGUUCAUCAUUUUCUGGGUUGCCCUGAUUCAUAUUCUACUCUUGAGGUGGCUGACCUUCUGUAUUGGCACUGAAAUUCCACAUUUCUUCUGUGAACUGGCUCAGAUUCUCAAGGUGGCCUGUUUUGACACCCUCAUCAAGAACAUCUUCUUGUUUGUGGCAACUGCCCUGCUGUGUGUGUUUCCCCUCACUGGAAUCAUUUUCUCUUAGCCUCGAAUCACCUUUUUUUUUAGUGAGAAUCUCCUCUGCCGUGAGAAAAUAUAAAGCAUUUUCCACCUGUGGGUCUCACCUCUGUGUGGCUCCUUGUACUAUGGGACAAGCCUGAGGGUCUAUCUCAGUUCUGAUAUGACCCAUUCUUCCCAGAGAAGAUCUGUGGUUUCCAUAAUGUACACAGUGUUAACCCCCAUGCUGAACCCCUUCAUCAUCAGCCUGAAAAACAAGGAUGUGAAGGGGGCCUUGGGAAUGUUCCUCAGCUGAGCUGCCCCUUUUCUGUGAUAGGCCAGUCACCUCAGAACUAAGAGGACAUUGUGAGGCUCAAAGACAAAAGUUGCAAAUUUAAAUGUCUUGAUUCUUUUUUGACCCUAAAAGACAUGCUACAUUUUUUCUAUUCUCAAAGCACCUGUGACUUUUCUUUGUUUUUGUGUUAGUUUCUCCUCAACACCCUCCUCAGUAAUUUCUUUUUAACUUUUGUUUUCUAUUUUCAGACCCUACAUUUCUAUCUUGGGCCAGCUUUUUCAUAACCAUUCCUGCAAUUUCCAUUACACUUGAAGCACUUAUAUCAAGUGUGGCAUGGUUUCCCAUCACAG